AUGGCGGAACAGUCAGCGCAUUAUCUGGCGACAACUAGCGAAGUUCCAGCAUUCGACUCUGUGUGGGAGCUGAGUGACAAUAGUGAAAUUGAAAGGAUAUUUGACGACAUUCUUCAACAUAAGCUAAAAGAUGACAUAGCUGCACAAGCAUUAACACAAUUAGCUCGAUCCCAGGGACUUCAGGGGAAGUUUGACCUCGCAAUAGAAACAUUGGAGAGAUCUCGUCAGAAAAGCAACCAUGUUAUUCCGCACAUCAGAUAUCUCCUGGAAUACGGAAGAGUUUUACGAUCUUCUGGAAAACCAGACGAUGCUGCACCUUAUUUCAAGAAAGCAUAUGAAGCCGCAGUUGGUGUUGAAGAUUUCUAUACAGCAGAUGCUGCGCAUAUGCUUGCUAUCUUAGACCCUACUACUGGGCCAACUGAAGGAAGAGCGUGGUCUGAGGAAGCGCUUGACACGGCUCGAAAAUCGACACAUCCUCCCACUAAGCUAUGGGCGGCCAUCAUUUUGAACAAUACAGCCUGGGAUAGUUUUGACCAAGGAGACUAUCAGACGGCACUUGAUCGUUUUAACGAGGCUACCGAGCUCAGAAGAAUGGCUGUUGAACACAAAGAAACACCGAGAACCAAGGAAAGCUACCGCAUUGCUAGAUGGUCGGCCGCCUACACUCUUCGACAUAUGGAUAGAUUAGAGGACGCCUUCACUAUACAAAAGCAACUCCUCUCUGAAGGCAAUACAAAGCCAAAUAGAGAAGAGCUAGUAAUUCUUGCGGAAAGACUAGGAUACAGCGGCGAGGCAGAAGAGCAUAAGAAGGCAUUGGAAGCAAUGGAAGCAAAAUAAAGAUGAAAAAUCUGAUUGAAUG